AUGUCUGGCGAUACUCUGGCGCAAAAGGACUCGCCGAUUAUUAUCGUCGGAGCAGGUGUUUUCGGUCUUAGCAGUGCGAUUCAUCUAGUGCAGCGAGGAUUCAUCAAUGUGACUGUUUUCGACAAGCAGCCGUACCAUGAGACACUGUAUGACUUUGAGAAUGGAUGCGAUGCUGCGUCGGCUGAUUGCAAUAAGAUCAUCCGCGCCGCAUACGGCGAUGAAACCUGGUACCAGAAUCUAACGCUCAAUGCGAUCCAGCAAUGGAACAACUGGAACCAAUCCCUGGCGCAAGGACAAAAACUACCACCAGGAAUGACAAAAAAGGACCGCAUCUACGUGGACUGCGGCAACUACCACAUUGGCGACGAGGGACCUAAUCCAUUUGAGCAGCGCUCGAUCGCGAACCUUACCAAAGUCGGACUGGGCCAUACACAGUAUCUUUUCCAUAAUGCUAAGGAAGUGGAGAGAGCAAAAUCGGAUGGACACGGACACGCGAUUGAUCCAUUUCAUCUAUCGAGAGAUGGGAAGGGAUACCAGGGCUACUUUGAUGCCGUGGGCGGAUUUGUGUACGCCGAUAAGGCAUGUCGAUAUGCUUUGCAUCUAGCACAGGAACUUGGGAUCAAAUUCGUCCUCGACAAACAGAAAGGCCUAUUUGAGCGCUUCUACGAAUCCAACGGAACAGUCCAGGGAAUCAUCACAUCCGACGGCGCAAUCCACCAAGCCAACUUGACUAUCAUCGCCUGUGGUGGUUGGUCUCCCAGCGUUCUCCCCGAACUCGAUGGCCUUUGUGAGACGACAGCAGGGUCCGUCGCAACGAUCCAGAUCCCAGCAAACAACCCGCAUCUCUGCCAGCGCUUCUCACCCGAGAGCUUCCCCGUGUGGCAGUACAAAGUCCGCGCUGGGGCAAACGGUAACCUCUACGGCUUCCCUAUCGACGAGAAGGGCGUGAUGAAGCUUGGGUAUCGUGGAACGAAGUAUACGAACCCGCAGGUCCAGGCUAACGGUGCUGUCCGUAGCGUGCCCAUUACCCGAUGGACUGCACCGGAAAGCAUCACCGGCCUUCCUGAGAAAUCUGUGCAGGUUAUCCGCACGUUCUUGGAUACUUAUCUUCCGGAGUUGCAAGAGAAUGGGUUACAUGUUACUGGGACCCGGUUGUGCUGGUACACAGACUCGUUUGAUAACCAAUUUGUGAUAGAUGCGGUGCCAGGAAAGACCGGUGUUCUGAUAGCCACGGGAGGAAGCGGUCAUGCUUUUAAGUUCCUCCCGGUACUCGGGAGCUUCGUCGCUGAUCGUAUUGAAGGCGGUGCCAAGAGUGCCGUUGGAAAAGAGAUGUUGCAACGGUGGCGAUGGCGAAGUCUCCAAGAUGGCGAGCAGCCAACGAAUGCCAUUAUGAAAGGACUUGACGAUCCCAACGCACUGCAACGAGUGCAUCUGGUGCAAGAUCUGAGCGAUAAAGCCAAGCUAUAG